CAGUGCAACAUGCACGCGCGCCGCUGCCGCUUCAACAUGGAGCUGUACAAGUUAUCGGGGCGCGUCAGUGGCGGCGUGUGCCUCAAGUGUCGGCACUUCACGGCGGGCCGGCACUGCCACUACUGCCGCGAGGGCUACUACCGGGACCCCACCAAGCCCAUCUCGCACCGCAAGGCCUGCAAAGCGUGCGACUGCCACCCGAUCGGGGCGUCGGGCAAGACGUGCAACCAGACGACGGGACAGUGCCCCUGCAAGGACGGCGUGACCGGCGUCACCUGCAACCGCUGCGCCAAGGGCUACCAACAGAGCCGGUCGCACAUCGCGCCCUGCAUCAAAAUACCGCGAGUGGCCGCCACGCAGAUCUCUACUGGCAGUGAAGAAAGUGGUGGUGGUGCCUCCACCAGCGGAAGAGACCAGUGUGGAAAAUGCCGUGCAGGGACACGGAGGCUCAAUCUGAACAAGUACUGCCGCAGGGACUAUGCUAUUCUAGGGAAAGUGCUGGAGCGUGAGACAGUGGAAGAUUGGGUGAAGUUCUCUCUGAGCAUCCAGUCUGUGUACAAACGUGCAAGGGAGUCACGUCUGCGUAGAGGCAAUACCUAUCUCUGGGUUCACAUGAAAGACCUGGCAUGCAAAUGUCCCAAAGUCAAAACCAACAAGUCCUACUUGAUUCUUGGUAAAGAACGUGAAGGUGACCAACCUGGUCUGACCAUAGGACGGCGCUCUAUUGUCAUAGAAUGGAAAGAUGAAUGGCACAGGCGAAUGAGACGCUUCCAGCAUCGAGCACGCAAAUGUGACUGAAACCUGUAGAGGCAACUCCACAUCUUGUGACAAAGGAUCAUUCACUUACAGAUUCUGCAAUAAUAACAUGUGAGAGAAAUAACACUACAGCAUAUUCUUAGCAGCUGCUGUGUGUUUUUCUGCUCACUCAUGGCCAUAUUGCUUUUUACAUUACAAGAUUUUAAGAAAGGUAUCGUGAGUAAGGUGCUACCUAUUUUUGGUUACCAACUGCUGAAUCCCAGAAUUCUCAUAAUUACGUUUUUAUGUAACAGAGGUACAAGAAGUCAGUAUUAGACUGUCAUAUAUAUAUAAACUGUAACAUAUCAAACUGAAUGGUAAGUCAGCAUCAGAAGCAAAACUAAUAACAUAUUCUCAAAAAUCAGGCUAUUCAUAGUAAAACAGGUUUCCUCUGGUAACACCAGUGAAAAUAUAUGUUAAGCUAGUAGUUCAAGAUGUAUCAUUCACCGGAUUCUUAAGUCCAAAUCUAAUAAGCUAAUGACAUAUCUCAGAUCUGCGAGUGAAAUCCUGCAAGUGCAACAAGUGUUAGUGGAAGAAGAAAGUUACCAGAAUCUUGUGAGAAUUGUAGACUGCAGGAAUAAAGCAGAAAAGAAAGUGGGGAGUGUGGCAAGUUCAUGAUUGUACAGAAAAGUAUUAGCCAAACCACGAUAAUGGUGGCAUUAUUUAAUUGAAUGUCUUUUGCAUUAGUAACUGUAUAUUAAGAACAAAUUUACAAUAUUAGAACUUUUCAUAUUAGAUAAUUUUUAUUAAUUUAUUAUUAAAUGAAUUUCCUUUGUUAAAGCCCAUAAUAUAAUGAGCAAGGUCUGUAUAAGAUGCAAUUAGUGUUUAGACAAAGUGAGAAGUGAUUUACUGCUUGUAGCUGCAAAUCUGCAGAUGUUUCAGAAAUUCAUGUUUAAUUCUUUUUGAAAUAAACAAAGAACAGUGAGAAUAGUUGCUUUAUUGUGGGAAGAGAAAACCUGUUACGGUUCACUCUGAAAUACAUACAGGGAAGUCAUAAACGGCAAAGUAAGGAAAAAAAAAACUGCUUUCUACAUGAGUGACUUGUUGAGUCUUAAACAGAAUGCCAUCCAAAAACCAUAAAAGAAACAAACAAGCUGAUAGUUAUGAGUACUACAUUAAUUUCUAGAAUUCUAUUUGAUCAUCUGCAUUAUUUUUGUGAUUAUCUCCUUGACUGUUGUUGCAAUGGAUUUGGUAUGUGCUCAGGACUGUGUGUAAAGGGCAGUUGCCCUUGUCCUACGAACUGCUAAAUCAGUACUAUAAUCAACUGUAUCAGAAUUUGUUUGUAUAGUCUCAGUGUCCAAUUUAACAAAAUUUUAAAAAUAAUCAUUACUUAAUGUAUCAGAGUUUGUGGACAAAUUCCAGUCUUUAGACAAGGUUUUCAUUUUCUAGUAUACUGUUUAAGUUUUAUGACUUUAUUAGAAAGUCCACUUGAUCUUUGUGGUUUAAGAAAGAACUUGUAAUUAAGGCAAACACAUUUGAGAGAGCUUUUAGCUACAUUGUAAUUUGAUCACCCUUUCUUUUGCAAUUAAAUUAGAAAAUUUACUUUUGGGAAAAUAUAGGUUCAUUCAACUUGUUUAUUGCAAUUUCUUUUGCCUUUAAGCAAUCUGACUGAACAGCCACAUUAGAUUUACAUUUGUCUAGCUUGUGUUCAAUGUUCAUAUAUCUGACAAGAACUAUGGAGCAAAAGCUACUUGAAAUGAACUUCACUAACUGAAACCCAGUUGUCAGUUUUGCACAGGUUUGAUAAAGUGAAGUCUGCCAAUGCACUUAGUUCACAGACCAAUGAUUUUUGACUAUUAUUUAAAUAAAAAUAUUUAUAUCAUAUUUGUAAUUUUACACAAACUUUUUUAUGUGCUAGCACAACUUGUACAGUAUUAAUGUAAAGCUAUCAUGUGCCAUAACACAGUGUUGUAGGUAUGUGUCAGCAAGUUCCUAAAAUUGUGUUGCUAUAACUAAGUACUUUUGUGCACUUCAUCUUAAAAUCUGAAUUGCAGAAUUUUUUGUGUUCUGGUAUCAAGAAAGUUUCAC